CACAGCUCUUGGAGUUCAGGGGCCUCUGUUGACCUCUGCCCAAACUCUGCCUCUCUAUUCAAGCCCCCUCUGGUACAUACAAGAACAGAGGGGGCUAGAGAGAAACUCCAGAAACAGAGGGCUCAGGAACUCAGCGUACUUCCCUAUCCCAACUUGGUCAACUUCCUUCUGUGGCUACAGCAACAAAAAGACAGCUAGUAAAACAGGAAGCGAGGCCUGCUACCUUGUGGACAUAGAUGCCAUUAGUUGUAAUGCCUAUGAUGUCUCAGGAGAUGGGAGAGCUCACCCAAAGCAGGUUGCAGAAGAUCUGGAUUCCACACCCCAGCGGCAGCAGCAGGCUACAACAGAGGAGGGGAUCUUCCAUACCCCAGUUUACCAAUUCCCCCACAAUUGUGAUCAUGGUUGGUUUGCCUGCUCGAGGAAAGACCUACAUUUCCACAAAGCUCACACGAUACCUCAACUGGAUAGGAACACCAACUAAAGUGUUUAAUUUAGGCCAAUAUCGGCGAGAGGCAGUGAGCUAUAAGAACUAUGAAUUCUUUCUCCCAGACAACAUGGAGGCCCUACUUAUCAGGAAGCAGUGUGCUCUAGCAGCACUGAAGGAUGUCCAUCACUAUCUCAGCCAUGAUGAAGGUCAUGUAGCGGUUUUUGAUGCCACCAACACUACUAGAGAAAGACGGUCAUUGAUUCUGCAGUUUGCUAAAGAACAUGGUUACAAGGUCUUUUUCAUUGAGUCCAUCUGUAAUGACCCUGGCAUCAUUGCAGAAAACAUCAAGCAAGUAAAACUUGGCAGUCCUGAUUACAUAGACUGUGACCGGGAAAAGGUUCUGGAAGACUUUUUAAAGAGAAUCCAGUGCUAUGAAGUCAACUACCAACCUUUGGAUGACGAAUUAGACAGCCAACUAUCCUACAUCAAGAUCUUUGACGUGGGCACACGCUACAUGGUGAACCGAGUUCAGGACCACAUUCAGAGUCGCACAGUCUACUAUCUCAUGAACAUCCAUGUCACACCCCGCUCCAUCUACCUAUGUCGACAUGGUGAGAGUGAACUCAACCUCAGAGGACGAAUUGGAGGUGACUCUGGCCUCUCAGCUCGGGGCAAGCAGUAUGCCUAUGCCCUCGCCAACUUCAUUCAAUCCCAAGGCAUCAGUUCCCUGAAAGUAUGGACAAGCCACAUGAAGAGAACUAUCCAGACAGCUGAGGCUCUGGGUGUCCCCUAUGAGCAAUGGAAGGCCCUGAAUGAGAUUGAUGCGGGGGUCUGUGAAGAGAUGACCUAUGAAGAAAUUCAGGAAAACUACCCUGAAGAAUUUGCACUACGGGAUCAAGAUAAAUAUCGCUAUCGCUAUCCCAAAGGAGAGUCUUAUGAGGAUCUAGUUCAGCGCCUGGAACCAGUUAUAAUGGAGCUAGAACGACAAGAAAAUGUACUGGUGAUCUGCCAUCAGGCUGUCAUGCGCUGUCUCUUGGCGUACUUCCUGGAUAAGAGCUCAGAUGAGCUCCCAUAUCUCAAGUGCCCUCUACAUACGGUGCUCAAACUCACGCCUGUUGCUUAUGGUUGCAACGUGGAGUCCAUCUACCUGAAUGUGGAGGCCGUAAACACACACCGGGAGAAGCCUGAGAAUGUGGACAUCACUCGAGAACCUGAGGAAGCCCUGGAUACUGUCCCUGCCCAUUACUGA